AUGGAAUUUAGGUGUUUAGUUGUGUUCCUUGUUGCUCUCACGGUGGCUCAAGCUGUCACCGCGACCAGACCAGUUCCGGCCAAGAAUGUCGGAGCUGGUCUUGACGACCAAAAGAACUUUGUGGCGUUUGGUGGUGUUGGUGGAGCUGCUGGAGUUGGUGGGAUCGGAACAGGUCUUGGUGGUGUAGCCGGUGGAGUUGGUGGUGUUGCCGGAGUUUUGCCUGUAGGUGGUGUAGGCGGCGGAAUUGGUGGUCUAGGCGGUGGUGGAGAUGGUCUUGGCGGUGGUGUAGGUGGUCUUGGCGGUGUAGGUGGUCUAGGCGGUGGUUCAGGUCUCGGUGGUGGAAUUGGGGGAAUUGGUGGUGGCUCAGGUCUUGGUGGUGGUGUAGGUGGACUCGGUGGUGCAGGCGGAGUAGGCGGUAUAGGCGGAGUUGGCGGUUUGGGUGGAAUUGGCGGUGGAAGCGAUUGCGGUGGCCUUCUUCCUCAUCCUUAA